AUGAGAAAUCUUUUUGAUAAAUGGCUUCAAUUCAGUUAUCAUGGACAUUAUGAACUUCAUCGAUGCGGCCUGCUUUCUGGCUAUUUUGCAAACGGGAUUAUUGGAAAUAAUUUUAUUGGUGGCACUAUUACUGAAGAACCUAAUAAAAAAAUAACACCAUUUUUUAAAACAGCGGACGUAUAUGACCUCAAAAAAAAAAUCAGAGAUAUAAUGAAGUUUGGAUACACGUACUUGAACUUCUGUGAGGCAGUAAAAUUUACCACACCAGAUUUUAGUAUUUGCCAACAGCAAGCGCGUCAAUUCCUAACAGCAACAUCAAUUUGCCAGACUUGCUUGUAUCAGCUUUUGCUUAUGGUAAAGAAACAUGCUAAUCUUGAAUCGUUAGUGAAUAGCCAUGUUGAUCUCACCGUCUGCAAGCAAAGGUUUGAACGUGAAAAUCAAAACUGA